GUUAACUCCAUUUGUUCUCCAAAGCUCUUAACUUUCUUUACCACAGUUACUUACUAACAUUUCCGCUCCCGCGCGUAAUUUAUGCAAAGAAAAACACAUUAGCGUACUUUACUUAUAUAUGCAUGGCCUAAAACGAUAUUUUUAUCUCGGACAAGACUUAGUAAAUAAAACGAAGGUAUCCACCUCUCUUCGACGCGUUUCUGUUCCGGUGGAGCGGAGAUAUUCGAACACAUUGAAAAGUUACGCGCCGGCUUGAGAAAUCUCGCAGUCGUUUCUCAGUCGUCUUGUAGUUCGGAGCGUGAAGUCAAAGGAGGACCUCUUGUCUUCUCAAAAUUCACGAUGAAGUCCAAAGGAGCUUGGUUAUUACGAGCUACUAUAGCGUUACUUCUUGGGGGAUCCGCGAGCAUCGAAAAAUUAAAAAACAUAUAUUCAUGGAAGGCUUUGGAAUUUGCCUUCCCAAACGAGGCUGCCAAAGAACUUGCCAUACAAGAGGGCCACUUUAUUCCCGGGGCACCGGUGCCGAUCGACGUGGAUUUUUAUUACAGAGCUAAGAUCGGAUCCGUUGUAUUCAUCUCGAUACCAAGAAUUCAAAAAGGAGUUCCUGUCACUCUCGGUUACGUCACGGAUAAUGUCUCUGCCGAGGGAAAUCCAAUAAUUGCACCUUAUCCGAAUUGGGAAUGGAAUAAAUUGGGAUCCUGCGAAGCGAUCACUAGCGUAUUCAGAAUGCAGGUGGACUCAUGCGACAGAUUAUGGGUUCUCGACACCGGCAAGUUUGAAGAACGACAGAUCUGUCCUCCUCAAUUACUAUCAUUCUCGCUGCGAACGAACAAGAUCCUGAGCCGGUACAAAUUCCCCAAGGAACAGUUCAAGGACGAUUCCCUGUUCGUGACACUCGCGGUCGACGUCCGCCACAGCGAGAAAUGCCGCGACACCUUCGUCUACGUCGCCGAUGUGACUGGAUACGCAUUGCUCGUCUACGAUCAUCACAAUUCCCACUCAUGGAGGAUCACUAACAAUCUGUUUUAUCCUUAUCCGCCCCACGGAACGUUUCACAUCAAGGGGGAUACGUUUGAUUUAAUGGACGGCAUUCUGGGACUCGCGUUGAGUCCCAUAAAACAGGAUGGCGACAGAAUCUUAUAUUUCCACUCCUUGGCUAGCACAGUCGAAAGUUGGGUACCCACUUCUAUCAUCAGAAACUAUAGCCUCUUUGAAGAACACUCCGACUCUGCACCAAGGUCAUUCCGUCCAUUCGCUAUGGAAAGAUCAUCGCAAUCGGCCGCUCAAGGCAUGGAUCAGAAUGGAAUUCUUUUCUUCGGUCUUCUAUCAGAUUUAGCUAUCGGAUGUUGGAACAGUAUAACUUAUCCCGAAUAUGGUAGUACCAAUACCGAAAUCGUUGUCGUCAAUCCCGACACUUUGCAAUUUCCGUCUGGACUAAAGAUCAUCACCGCAAAAAACGGCCGCCAGGAGUUAUGGGUGCUCACGUCGUCGUUCCAGAAGUUCAUGACCGCGACUAUGAAUGCGAACGAGACCAACUUUCGGAUACAGGCUGGCUACGUCGACGAGCUGAUCCGCGGCACCAAGUGUAACGGUGGUUUUGACCGCAAUCGCGCUUACGAGACGUUGGGCAAAUGAAGAUUGUGGCACCGCGGGGAGUUCGACGACUCGCGUUCUCACGCGGUGGCACCAUCCAUCCGCUGGCAUAAGUAUCCCAAUUUCUUCGCGAACUAUCACCAUCACCAUCCACCACCGCCAUCGUAUCAAUCUCCGAGAUUGUUCACUAGACCAUUCUUCUCUUCCUGGAUCGCGAAAUCGAUCCAUCCUCGACCUCAAGUCGAGUACACCGUCAUCAUCGAUUACGAUUGAAGAAUGCGCGACACUACAUGUACCUAUGACAUCUCGACGAAGAACGAAGACAAACCCGCCUUUAUAAAAGUUCUGUAGUUUUUUUUUUGCGGAGCUUAUUAUCAGCUCGAAAAGCCAUCAAACUUUUACUGCUCGUGGUGCCAAUUAAGUUUCACUGCUUAUCCUGUUAUUUAUCCCGGUAUGUAUUUAUUGGGAAUAACCACCAUCACCGGGAUUACCGUUCCUAAACAUUCUCUUAUUUUUAUUAAAAAUAGUGGACAGUUAGUAUCAAACUGUGUCAAGUGACAAGUGUGUUUUUAACUUCUCAUAUUGCAUAUAACAUUUUGCAUAAUCCAGUGUAAUAAAUAAAUUACUAGAUAAGAA